CGCGGGAAGAUGGCUGAGCUGGUGCCCAAGUCGGUGCUGUUCGUGUGUCUGGAAUUACUGAAUGUGUGGGGGCGCACGGAUCCGUAGCCAGCUGCUCUGAAGUGAGGGUGGUCCUAGGGAUUCCCUGAACUUGUAGCCGAUGUCGGAAGUUCUGGGCAGACUUGCUGACCUGGAGGGCAGCACCCUUAAUACAGCCGGCCGGCUCCCAACAGGCUGCAUCCUGAAAUGGAACAUCUGUCGGUCACCCAUUGCGGAAGCAGUGUUCAGAAAACUCGUAACUGACCGAAAGCUUUCAGAUCAUUGGGUCGUUGACAGCGGCGCUGUUUCUGACUGGAACGUGGGCCGGUCACCAGAUCCAAGAACUCUGAGCUGCCUCAGAAAUCAUGGCAUUAACACGGCCCAUAAGGCAAGACAGGUUACCAAGGAAGACUUUGCCACAUUCGAUUACAUACUGUGUAUGGAUGAAAGCAAUCUGAGAGACUUGAAUAGAAAAAGUAAUCAAAUUAAAAACUGCAAAGCUAAAAUUGAGCUUCUUGGGAGCUAUGAUCCACAAAACCAACUCAUUAUUGAAGACCCCUAUUAUGGGAACGAGUCCGACUUCGAGACUGUCUACCAGCAGUGUGUGAGGUGCUGCAAGGCCUUCCUGGAGAAGGCCCGCUAAGGCCCUGCCCGUGCUCCCCUCGUGUCCCGCUGGGCCCCGCAGGCUCUCCUAUAAGGCCGCGUGUCUCCUUCACUCGACCCUUGGUUUCUUACCUUAAGCCAUUGUAGAUGGAAAUCAGUUACUGUAUUUGACAGACAAAUAAAUAAAAAUGUUUCAUG